CCACCUGCACCAGGCCUCGCCCCGCCCCGCCCACCGCCGCCUGAUACUGACGACGAGGGCGAAGACAUCUUCCGACGCCAGCCGCAUCCCAGCCAACCCAUUUUGGUGGCGGCACACAAUCUGCACCGCGCAGUACGCGAGUGGUCCUCCAAGGACAACGAGAUCAUCGCCGCCGCCAAGCGCAUGGCCAUCCUCAUGGCGCGCCUCUCUGACCUCGUGCGCUCUGACUCUAAAGGUAGUAAGCGUGAACUGAUUGCUACUGCAAAGGCGAUCGCGGAGGCCUCAGAGGAGGUCACACGUCUGGCGAAGAAACUUGCUCUUGAAUGUACUGACAAGAGGAUUCGUACUAACUUGCUGCAAGUGUGCGAGAGGAUUCCGACUAUUGGAACCCAGCUUAAGAUCCUGUCCACUGUGAAGGCCACCAUGCUCGGAGCUCAGGGUAGCGAAGAAGAUCAAGAGGCGACGGAAAUGCUCGUCGGCAACGCUCAGAACCUCAUGCAGAGCGUAAAGGAAACAGUGAAGGCGUCAGAGGGUGCCUCUAUCAAGAUCCGUACUGAACAGGACGGGUACCGUCUGCGCUGGGUGCGCCGCUCUCCGUGGUACCAGAUCUAGACAUCGGCGUACCAGACUUGAAUAGGACCGUACCAGAUAUUUACACGAACUUCAUAAAUUUUGACUCCAUCGUACCAAAUACAAUUUCGGUACGGAUACCAUAUCAUACAGAUUCUUCACUGUGACGAAUUGUAUUCAUUAUUUGAAUUAAAUAAGUACAAAAACCAGUUUAGAUCCUAGAAAUAGAUUCUUCUAUUAUAACAGGGAGGUUUCUUAGCCAACAGUU